CUGGGGCGCGAGUGGCGGCCGAAGGCAGGUGGUAGGGCGUGCGGGCCGGCGGGCACGCGCGCGUGCUGGCAGCCGAGAUCCCUCGGGAAGCAGGGGAGCGCCCGACACCGCCCCGCACGCGCCGCCCUGCGGUCGGCGGCGCGCGCGAGGGCGGGGGAGGUGCGUGCCUGUGUGCGCGUGAGUGUGUGUGAGUGUGUCUGUGUGUGUGUGGAGCUUGGGUACGGAGCGCGAGCCGUCAGUGCCUCGGUACGAGUUCCCCCGCGGUCUUCCACACCCUCCGUCGGUCCCCGCUUUUGCCCCACGACCCUCCAGUGCCCCCACGGUCGCAAAACGAGCGAGCGCAUUGGGGAGCAGGUGUGGGGGGCGGGAGGGGUCGCAGCAGACAAAAGGGGUGAGGGGGUCAGCCCGCCAUGGCCUCCCGGAGCCUGGGGGGCCUGAGCGGGAGCCGCAGCGGGGGCGGCGGCGGCGGCGGCGGCAAGAAGAGCCUGAGCGCCCGCAAUGCUGCGGUGGAGAGGAGGAACCUCAUCACGGUGUGCAGGUUUUCUGUGAAGACCCUGAUUGAUCGGUCCUGCUUUGAGACAAUUGAUGAUUCUUCUCCUGAAUUUAACAAUUUUGCAGCUAUUUUGGAACAGAUUCUAAGUCACCGGCUAAAAGAGAUAUCCCAAAGUUGCAGAUGGCUGGCUCAUCUCCAAAUACCUCUUCAAGGUCAAGUAACCUGGUUUGGUUAUGAAAGUCCUCGUAGCUUCUGGGACUAUAUCAGAGUGGCUUGCCGGAAAGUUUCACAGAAUUGUAUCUGCAGCAUUGAAAAUAUGGAAAAUGUCAGUUCCUCUAGAGCUAAGGGUAGAGCCUGGAUCAGAGUAGCACUCAUGGAAAAACAUUUAUCUGAAUACAUCUCUACAGCUCUGAGAGACUUCAAAACAACCAGGCGAUUUUAUGAAGAUGGAGCAAUUGUCUUGGGUGAGGAAGCAAACAUGCUUGCUGGCAUGCUGCUUGGACUAAAUGCUAUUGAUUUCAGCUUCUGCCUCAAGGGAGAAGGAUUGGAUGGAAACUUUCCUGCUGUAAUAGACUACACACCAUAUUUGAAGUUUACCCAGAGUUCUGACAGCAUCAGCAGUGACGAGGAAGAGCUGAGAACUUUGGGAAGCAGUGGUAGUGAAAGCAGCACUCCAGAGAAUGUCGGGCCUCCUUUCAUCAUGGAUGAGAAUAGUUGGUUCAACAAGUGUAAGAGAGUUAAACAAAAGUAUCAGCUAACCCUGGAACAGAAGGGUUAUCUUGAAGAACUCUUACGACUUCGAGAGAACCAGCUGUCUGAGUCUGUCUCCCAGAAUAAAAUACUACUUCAAAGGAUUGAAGAUUCUGAUCUGGCCCAUAAAUUGGAAAAGGAACAAUUAGAAUAUAUAAUUGUGGAGCUUCAAGAUCAGCUGACUGUGCUAAAGAAUAAUGAUUUAAGAUCAAGACAAGAGUUAACUGCCCACCUCACCAACCAGUGGCCUUCCCCAGGAGCUCUGGAUGUCAAUGCUGUUGCCUUGGAUACGUUGCUUUACCGAAAACACAAUAAACAGUGGUAUGAAAAAAGUUAUCAAAGUCUUGACCAGUUAUCAGCUGAAGUUAGCCUUUCUCAGACUUCACUGGAUCCAGGUCAGUCACAAGAAGGAGAUGGGAAGCAAGACACAUUAAAUUUAAUCAGUGAAGGUAAAGAAGACACUCCCUCAUUACUCGGUCUCUGUGGAUCUCUAACAUCAGUGGCAAGUUACAAAUCUCUAACGAGUCUCAAAUCUAAUGACUACCUUGCAAGUCCCACAACAGAGAUGACGAGUCCAGGCUUAACUCCAUCCUGAAAAAUUUUAUGUCAAAGCCAGAAGUUUUUAUGUUGCAAAUGUUCUAUUUACAUAAGUUUGACUGCUGGGAAAACCUUUGGAAUUUUAUAUUGUUCUGGCACGUCUGGAAUUCUAUUGCUUCUAUUAGAGAAUUCAGUGCACUCCAUGUGCCCUUCUGAGUGAAAAUGAUCCUGCCAUUUUAAGAUUCUUAUAUUUGUCACUGAGGAAGAUUAAAAACGGAUAGGCUUAAAAAACUUUCAAAUAUCCUCUAAAUUAAUAAUCCAUUGCAAAUUGUGAUGUAUAUUUAUUAUUCAGCUGAUUUUCAUAUAUUUAAAUGUACCAUAAUCGCCAGAGACUGAGUUCAAGGUUUUAUUUCAGAGACAUAAGCUAAGUAUUUUCUUUUACUCUUUUAUUCAGAUU